UGAUCACUACGACCUGUGUAGCGACUAUGUAAGUCUGUAUUGUAAUUUUUCAUCUGCACACUGCUGCUCUUAGUGAAGCACUUCGAUAUUUGUACGAUACCUUUUACAUGGCACUGGGUUUUCUUGUACUGGGUACAAUCCCUGUGUCAAUGUUAUUCAUUAUUGAGAAAGUUAGAGAGAUGUUUCCACUUAAUGAAGUACUCAUCUCACUUUCGGUUAUUACAGUCAUCCUAGCUGUGGUGGCAGUGAUAAUUGGAUACAAAACUGUGAAACAGAGUGCGAAAGUGAGCAUCAUACUAUUGAGCAUCGCUGGUGGAAUCAUAGUGUUGGAUAUCAUUCUGUUGAUUGCUUCAAGAGUUGCUAAGCGUAAACUAAUUGCAGUAAUUCUGUCUGGCAUAUUUUUGGCAUUCGCAGUACUCAUAGUGUUAUAUCUCACUGGACAAGGUUUAAAGCGGUGCAACAAUCAGACAACGAAGACCCUUUUACCGAUCUGGUUAGCUAUGAUUACUUGGGCAGGGUGUGUUUAUUUAUUUAUAUCCAUAGCUGUGAUGUUUAUUGAAGGCAAAACGAUGACAAGUUGAAAACUGAAGAAUAACGCCCACCGCUUUUGAAAGAUCAAGUUCAUUUAUGCAUGAAGAAGUUUCACCAGUUUUUCUUUUUGUUGGUUCUGCAGUAACAAUGAAUUUUAUUUAAAAUUUAUUUUGCUGUAAUGUACACGGUGUUUACUAAUAACAGGUGAAUGGUUUUUUCUCAUGUGUUAGAUCGUGA